AUGCCACUCCCUGCAGACACGACGCUGGCACUGCAGGUGCCAUCCAACCAUGGCGACCCCAUACAAGCCAAGGGCAAGAAAGCCAUGAUCGUUCGCAUGUCGGCGGAGACCCUCGAAGCGCUCGAGAACGAACUCAACGCACAGCUGGACGUCGAGUUCAGCGACCGCCCGGGCAUUUAUAUUGGCGAAAGGUUCUACCCCAUGCGCCCGCUAGAGGAGAAGGUCCCGCACGAACUGUACCUCCGCGCGUCUUCGGCGGCGCGGCCCUCUAACGCGUUGAAACUUUACGCGAGCGUGGCGGGAAAGUUUACCGUCGAGCGGCAGCUCGAUAAGUCUGUGCAGGAGAAGGUGCGCGGCCGCACAAUGAACGCAGAGGACGAGCGCAAACAGCGCAAGACGAUCCUGCUCGACGCCCCCCCAGAUCUGGGCAAGCCGGCCGCCCAGAAGAAGCGCAAAGAUAAACCGAAGGGUAUCACAGUAUCUAAGAAACUCGUGCCGGUACACGAUCUGCACAGGGAUGCACCUGGUUCCAGCACCCAGGCUACCCGACUUGCUUCCCCGAGAACCGUGCCCGCAUCCCCCACCAUACAGCCGCGGGUAUCUCCUCCUAUCCCCUCCUCUUCGCGUGGUGAUGAAGGACCCAACUCGCUGAGGAGCCGCUUGGUGCACUUUAUAGCGAUUUGCCCCCGUUCCGUUGAGGCCGUGUUUAGGUAUGUCGGCGGUAAGGAAUGCGAUCCCGGUACGAAAACCACUCUCUUGAGACUCCUGAAUAUUACCGGCGAGAAGACCGCCGAAGGGCAUUGGCAGCUGGGGACCGAGGGUUGGAAGGAGAUCCGUCCAUAUGGAUGGCCCUCACUCGGCUUUAAGGAACGCCAGAAUCUUGCAGCGCAGGCACGCAUGGCGCUCACUACCCUUGGCGUCCCUAGAUCAGACCCGCUGUGGCGGCACAUGCGGGAGCAAGAACCUGAGCCUUUACCAGAACCGAGCCCCCGCGCCUCCACGCCCACGCUUGCGCCUCCGCCACAUGCGGUCGCGAGAGCAGCUACGCCCGAUCGUGUGCCGCGGAACGGCAUCCUCACGAAGGACAAGCAGAAGAAGCCCAAGGGAGCCGAGGGCAGCAAAAAGAAGGCAAGCGAUAGUGUGCCAAUGAGGGACGAGCGGCCGAACAAGGGCAAGGAGCGCGAAACUGUGCCCGUCGUGACCUUGGCGCCGUCUGCUGCUCCCACUCAGCGCAAGCUACCGGGUUCAGGGACCAAGAUGCGGGCUUCAGGGUCACCCGCCGUUGCAUCCACAUCUGGCCGUAAUGCAUCGCCUGUGCCGUCAAGCGCGUCCAAGAGGCCCGUAUCUCCCAUUCCGGAGCGCAAGGUUUCUGGUAGCACUGGUCCCAGCAGGGAUGAGCGUCCAGCUAAGAGGCCCAAACCUUCCUCGCCGCUGGUGAACGAGAUCGUCGAGGCUGCUGAGGCCGCGUCUCGCACGAAGAAGCGCAAGAAGCAAGAACGAGAAGACUUCGACGUGUCCGAGGACGAAGCUCCGCUCGCGAAGACAAAGAAGGCGAAACUCGAGAGCCACAAGACCGAGAAAGAGAGGGCGCGGGAGCGAGACUACGAUGACGAGCGUCCGGCAAGGAAGGCAAGGGAUGUCUCCUCCCCAACACGGAAGGCCAGGGAUGCUUCUCCGCCGAUGCGGAAGACCAAAGAUAAAGACGUGUCCUCGCCACUGCGCAGAGCCAGAGACGUGUCUCCUCCGCGUAAGACCGUCAAGCACGAGGCCUCUCCAACCCCUGCCCACGGAUCCAAGCUCAAACGCGAACUGUCUCCAGCUCCUCCCCGCAGGGUCAAGCGUGAGAUCUCUCCAGGUCCUUCUCGCGGAGGCAAGGUCAAUCGAGAAGCAUCUCCAGGGCCUUCUAAGAAGGCCAAGCGCGAAUCAUCUCCAGGGCCCUCCAAAAGGCCCAAACGCGAGGCCUCUCCAGAGCCUGCUAGCAGAGCGAGGGCAAAACGAGAAGCGUCUUCACUCUCAGUCACGCGAUCUCCUCUACCUCCAUCGCGAAUGACAGCGGACGACGCCGGGGACAUAUCGUCUGCAUCCUCUGACUCGCGUACGGAGAAGUCAAGCAAGCGACGCCCUACACCGGAGUUUUCGUCUACUGAAGACGAGAAGUCGAAUGCCGGGUCAGACGUGGCGGAGCCAAAAGAGGCCAAAUCAAACCAGCCAAAACAUGAGGAGGUUGAGCCCAUUCAGCCAGCACGCGAGGCUGCCGAGUCUAUUCAACCAGCUUACGAGCAGGAUGAGCCCUAUCAGUCUGCGCAUACACCACACUUGAUACCGCCCCCGCCUCCGCUGUCGGAACCUAUGGACCUCCAAGCCCUCGCACAGUACUAUCAAAAGUACUAUCCGAUAUAUUUUGAUCUCUGGAGUAAGAAAAUGAGAGUGGUCAAGCACGUAGAGAGCGUGCUGAAAGGGAGCGACGACGACCUGUUGAUGCCUGAGUUGAACGAGGUGGCGAGGCUUUUGAAGGACCCCGAGGCAGCAAAAAGGCUCAGCGACCAGCUGCACCACGCAGAAACCGUCUUGAACGACGUCGCAGCCAUGGUCAAGACACAAAUGGAUGUGAGCGUACAAGUCGGCUGA